AUGCUGAAUCAAACCUCAGUCACUGAAUUUCUCCUCCUGGGAAUAACAGACAUCCAAGCACUGCAGCCUUAUCUCUUUGUGCUUUUCCUUGCAAUCUAUGCUGUCAGUGUGAUUGAGAAUGGAGCUGUCCUGACGGUUGUCAUCUCUGAUCCAAGACUUCAUUUACCCAUGUAUGUCUUCCUGGGAAAUCUGUCAUGUCUAGAUAUCUGCUACUCCACGGUGACACUGCCAAAGAUGCUGGAGAACUUCUUCUCUACACACAAGGCAAUUUCCUUCCUGGGAUGCAUCAGCCAACUUCACUUCUUCCAAUUCCUGGGCACCGCAGAGUCCCUGCUGUUGGCCGCGAUGGCCUUUGACCGCUUUGUGGCUAUCUGCAGGCCACUGCAUUACUCUGUCAUCAAUUAUCAGCUCUGUACCCAGAUGGCUGUCACCGUCUGGACCAUUGGUUUUUUCCACGCCCUGCUGCACUCCAUAACGACCUCUCGCUUGAACUUCUGUCGUUCUAAUCAGAUCCAACACUUCUUCUGUGAUGUCAAACCCUUGCUGGAGUUGGCCUGUGGGAACACUGAGCUCCACCAGUGGCUUCUCAAUACAGUUACAGGGACCAUUGCCACGGGCCCCUUCUUCCUAACACUUCUCUCCUACUUCUACAUUAUCAUUUCCCUUUUCUCCAAGUCCCAUUCUUGCAGCACGCUCCACAAAGCACUGUCCACAUGUGCCUCUCACUUCACGGUGGUCAUUCUUUUCUAUGUUCCUGUUCUCUACACUUACACCCGUCCUCCCUCACGCAGCGCCGUGCAACAGGACCUGGUCACUGCUAUCAUGUACAGUGCAGUCACUCCUGUCCUAAACCCACUGAUCUAUACUUUGAGGAACAAGGACGUGAAGGGGGCCUUGAGUACUGUGCUCAGAAGGAGGGGCGACCUGAGCACAUCUAGAGCUAUUUUAAGACAUAAAUAA